GGCCCUCUUUUUUUGACUCCCUUUUGAUUAUUUUAAGAGGGAGACUGUGGACCCUUUUUUGUUUGACUCCCUCUCUUACCCCUUCAUUUUCUUUGUUUUUGGUAACAUACACUUAACACUUUCAUUUUCUUGAUGCAAAUGUUUUUGGGCACGUACACUCCAUUGAUGCAUUAUUAUAAUGGGAAAGUCGCCCACGCGUAACGAUGAGAGUUAGAAUGGCUUCUGUUUGUAUUAUUAUGUCCCCCACAAUUGUCUCUUUGAUUAUUUUAAGAGGGAGAUGCAUUGGAGAGUGACUUUUUAGCCCUAAAAUACUGCUGCAAAUGACGAAACUUACCAGAAGCAACUGUCUCGAAAGCCCGGAACUGCAUCUUCUCCAUGUUGGCCUGAGACGACGCCAUGGCCGCCGAUUGGAGCUCAGAGAGAAAGAGGGAUUGGAGGAGGAAGAGGAAGGAAGAGCCAAUAGAGAAAAGUGAAAACUACUGGAGAGACUUUAUGGGUUCGAGAGAGAGGCUGAAUUAGAUCGGUCUUUCGGUCUUUCGGUCUCAGAAAUCAUGGAGCCCGACACCGAACCGAAAAUCUGUAUUCGGGUCGGUCUUUGCACCGAACCGAGAUUUUUCAAAGCAAAACCGAACCGAAUCGGGCUUUUUUGAUCGGUUCGGGUCGGGUCCUCGGUCUUUCGGGUCCAGACGCCCAGGCCUAGUUCCAAUACAGGUAAAGGAGUUUCAGUGUAGCAAAAGUUAUUAGAAUCUCGAAGUAGAGCUAUAUGCUCAGAGAGAACAUUCACUGUGGAAGCUGUAAGCAGGAAGCUCAGAAAAAUUGGUGUAGAAAAUUUUAGGUACAUGAAUGUUUUGUGCAUUGAAUGCAUUUUAACUCCUUGCUUCCUUAAAAUACUUCCAAAAUCAGAAAAUUUGUUUUGUUUCCCUCAACUCAUUGAACUUUCUUUCAGAAGUUGUAUAACAUAAAUGCCGAGGUUAAUGCUGCAUGAACAAGUACCACAACAUCUGUACUGGUGGUGAUGUUACUAGAACAUGAUCUACUUCAUCUUUUGUUAAUAUAAUGAUCAUGUCAUGUUUCGAUGCUUUUGAAUUUAGUCCUUAAAUAACAUUGUGUUAGCUCCAAAACCCCGCGGCAAAGCGCGGGCACAAUUUCUAGUACUAUAUAUUAAGCGUCCUAUACUGUUGUGGACUGUUCCCACGACAGUAUAAUGACAGUUUUGCCCUCAGUUUCUCCUUCAAUUGCGGCCCUGCCAUUGCUUUGCUGACUUUUCUCCUCUCCCGUCAGGCUCUCUCCAGAAAGAUCUCUUUUUUUUUUCACGAAACUUUCAUCGAUCUGUUUUCCUCUCUCUCUCUCUCUCUCUCUCUCUCUCUCUCUCGCCAGUCGCAGUGAACCCAGUCCAAAUCACUCUUGCUCUCCACUCGAAUCAACAAAUUUCUCUCGCUCUCCUCGCACAGAAAUCCUAAACCAAACAAAUAGAGAUACGUUUCCUGCUCAAAAUCUCAGUUUAUUGUUUUGAGGUGUCGUUGGUAAGCCUGGAUCUUUUCUUUGAAAUACAUAUUGUGCUUGACGGUAUUUGUUGUCUUUUGAAUUUGGAUGCGAUAUAGAAGGGGCUGGAUCAGGUUUCGGUGUCGUUGGGUUUCGAAUAAUCGUGCUAGACCAAUCGGUGAGGGACUGAGGGGUUUUGUCUUCUGAUUGAGAUUUGUGCUUGGGUUUGUCUUGAUUCGUGGUUGGGUUUCUCUUUUGCUAUAUUAAUUUUGCAUUGUGUUUGACUUAGCACCAAUAGAGAAGCAAACAAUCAUUUAUUUGCUGUCUGCCAAAGCUUCAGGUAAAGGAUCAUGGUGGGAUUUAAAAAUAGGUACAUGACAUUGGAGGUUAUCUUGGAUCCGAAUAUAGAACUUGCAAAGAAAGAUCAUGUUAUCAUUACCACAUAUAAUGUUACAAAAGCCAUCAAGGAUAGCAUUCUUGUGAACUUUGGGGAGUGUGGUCUGGCUUCUUCACUUGGAUCGUUCCAAGUGAAGUAUGUCAAUUGGAUUACAAGGCUUUGUAUCAUAAGAGCUUCGAGGGAGGACCAUCAAAAAGUAUGGUCUGCUAUUACCAUGGUUAGGAGUAUUGCUGGUUGCCCGGUGAUUUUUAAUUUGUUGGACUUAACUGGAAGUAUCAGAGCUUGUAAAAUAGCUGCCUUUAAGUGUGAUGAAUUAAAAUUUGAGCAGUACAAACUUGUGGUUAGAUCUAAUCUUUCAGCUCAAGAUACUCAAAAGAUGCAGUUCUAUCUUCAUAAGAUCAAAUGCUUGGAGCACUAAAGUUUUACUGUAUAUGUGGUGACAUACUGAAUUCAGAUGGAAAUUAGUUAGCCUCACUGGCUCUUGUUCGUCGCACCAUUGGUGGCUUGAUGUCUUGUAUUCAGCCAAAUCAGCCUUGUAUAAUCCUGGAAGGUUUGAAAUGCUUUAAAGGCAGGAAGCUUAUAGGAGUAUGCGUCCAAAUACCUAUGAAAUGUCUUGAAGACAAAAUAAGGUGGUGGAUUGGAUAGGGGAGAUUAGUUAUUUCGGAAUAUGUUCUUUCUGGUUUCUGUUCUUUACCAAGUGGGGGGCAGUACGUGUACUCCAUGUAAACUCAGUGAUUAACUAACAUGUACCGAAAUUCUUUUUGUUGAGCAACUCAGUGAUUAACUAACAAGUACCAAAAUUCUAUUUGUUUAGCAGCUAUUUACAGAUUCACAGCAUC